CCCCUACUGAUAUAUAUAUAUAUAUACUCUCACUCUAACUGACUUCUCUCUCUCUCUCUCUCUCUCUCUCUCUAGAACAGCCAGCUAGGACUAGUGAGGGCGCUCUCUCUAACGGUCUCGGGCCUCCUUUCAGAUUCCUUUUGAGAGAACAAAGAGUUAGGAUUUUUGAACGAAAGCCAAUCAACUGCUUCCAUGUGUUCAGUCUAUUAAAAAUCAGGGACAAGCAUCGGCUUGAUUGGUUCAUCCCAUGCGUACGUCCUGUGCGCCCGCAAACACCUGCACCUUAUCACUCCCGCCCAUUUCCGUAUAAAUAAAUAAAUAGCGUUUCUUCAUUAGCUUUGCUUCUCGCUGAAUCUCUUCCGCUCUGCUGUGGUUCAGAAAAUUCAGCCUCACAUGGAGAAGGACGCGUCUCCGCCUUCCAACGGCAGCACUAUAACCACCGCCGCAACCUCUUCACAGAUCACAUCUCAAAGCGCUCAACCACCACCACCUCCCUCAUCUCCACCUCGUGAUACUACUCGCGUUGAUCAUCUCUCCGAGAACCAAAGCUUCGGCACCGACUUCGCCUCAAUGUACCACUCUAUAUUCCCUCCAAAAUCAUCCUCCCUCUCCCUUAGCCCCUCCACGUGCUGCUCCUCCACCAUCAUCGACGACCUCAACGCCGACGCCAUCGCCACUCAGCAGCGCCUCAACCAGGCCCGCCUCAUCCUUCAGUACCAUGAACUAAACGGCCACUACGACCUCUGCCGCGCUAGCCUCCUCGACCUCAUCGCCGAGGCCGACGCCCUCCGUCAAGAGAACGCUGAGCUCCGCGUCGCCAACGCCGAGCUCCUCAAGUUCCUCUCCUCCCAGGCCUCCUUCCACAACCGCCUCCUCUCCUCCCCCGCCAAUCCCGAACGCUCUUUCCUCCACCACUUUCGCCGCCUCUCCAUCGACGACGAACACACUCCCACCACCACCACCACCAACCGCUUCGACCGGCUUAGCUCCGACCGGUUCUCUCUCCCGAAGAGCAUCUCCGUCCGCUCCACUGGCUUCGCCAAGGCACAUCACAUCCCUGCGGCCACUAGCAACGGCGUUCCGAGCCCAAGUCUCUCAUUCACUCGGCCACGUGUCCCGAGUCAACUCGCCGCCGGAUCGCAAAAGGUGUAUGUGCCUGGGAAGAGGGACGCGGAGCAAGAGGCGCUGGAGUUGGAUGUGUACAACCAGGGGAUGCACAAGACGGAGCUGUGCAACAAGUGGCAGGAAAGCGGCACGUGUCCGUACGGGGACCACUGCCAGUUCGCCCACGGGAUCACCGAGCUCCGUCCCGUGAUCAGGCACCCGCGCUACAAGACGGAGGUGUGCCGGAUGGUCCUUGCUGGCGCCACGUGUCCCUACGGCCACAGGUGCCACUUCCGCCACUCUCUCAACGACCAAGAGAAGUUGUUGCUGGGCCCGCGUUGAUGAUCUGUGAUGGUACUACUACUACUACCAUUCACUUCACAGUUCACACUUACACUAAAUGCUGCUUCUGGUGCUAAUGGCUAUGUACAUAAUUCUCAUCUCAAUACUGCUAAGAACAAAAAAUAAUAAUAGUAACAAAAUUGAUAAUAUUCACUGUGAUCAAAUAAGACUACAGUCGAAAAAUGAUAAAAAUGGGUUAAUGUUGGAUAUUGCUGAGGAAAAAACGGUGUGGGGAACAAAUAAAUGAUUUGUUUAGACUGGUUUUUGUUAAAAACGUCUAUUGCUGCUCGUAGACAAUUCUUGAAUGGUGUACAUGUAUGCAGUAUUGACGUAUACGCAUUAGAUGCUGGCUGGCACCUCUAACUAGCCAAACUGCCAAACUCAAGUUUGUAAUGAUGAUAUUUGAUACCGGUUGGUACGAAACUUUCAAAUGAAGCUACUUUUACAAUGCA